UUGAGCGUAAUAAUGGGUUGCUGGUUGCUGGUGGGAUGUAAGGUACUCCUGGACAGCGGUCAAUACUCGCGUAAUCACGAUAGGGUUCUAGAAGUCAUACGUGAAGCGGUUAGUCUUUCGGUAGCCAGAGCGCAAAAGGAAAUAACCACAAACGAACGAUCAGUAGGUUUUGUGAGAGAAGGCACUAGGGCUACAAAAUCAAACGUCAAGCCUUACUUCAUCCUUAAAGCGGCGUCGGAUUGGACUAUAAUGAUGGACACGUAUGAAAAACAAUAUAAAAUCCCCGAGGAUAUUUGUGCGUCGGCCUCCAGACCGGAUAUAUUUUUGUUUUCGCGAAUUUUAAAGCGCGUAGUGAUGAUAGAGCUUACGGUCCCUUGGGAAACCAACAUCCCCAAAGACCAUACCAUCAAGGUCAACAAAUAUUACGAGCUCACAAACGAACUCACUCGAAAUAGGUUCGUAGUAGAUUUGUACGCGGUAGAGGUGGGAGCGAGAGGUAUAACAGCGAAAUCUCUCUACAACCUACUAAAGGACUUGGGCUUGUCCAGAACUCACAUUAAUGCAUUCUUGGAACGUAUAUCGAAGGCAGCCCUAGUAGGUUCUUUUCAAAUUUGGUUAGGUAGGGAGAGGAGCUUGGCCAGUGGAGGUGAGCGUAUAGCGCGCGUUAGUUAA